GAGUGGGCAAUUUGCAGCAGUGCUCCUUUCUGAUGGCGUCGUAAAAGAGAAAGUUUGCUUGGAGGACCAGUGAGCUCCGUACAAGGCUGCUUGAGAGCCACUUCCUUCCUCUGUUCGGCCGCCAGCAUGCAGCCUGGAGAUUAUAAAUGCGAGCCAAGCAUUUUUAACAGCAAACACGCGUCUGGGCUGCAGGAACGCUCGAGCACUUGAAGGCAAACCCCUGUUGGAAUAUGAAGGAUGCCACGGGGUUGCUCGUUGCGGUGCUGGCUGUCGUAGUUGGGAGCCUCGCUGAACCGAACCCGGACGCGGACCCGGACGGUGGCCACUGCAUCGGGAGCCAGUGUUUCGCCGUCUUCCGCCACUCGGCUGAUUUUGCAAGUGCGCAGAAUCAUUGCAAAGGGCGAAGUGGCGUUUUGACCACCGUGCGCUCGUAUGUUGCACACGAUGCACUCGCUACACUUUUGGGCAACUUUUCUGGUCGGUUCUGGAUCGGUUUGCACCGCUUAACCGACUGCCCGAACGCAACAUCUCGUCUUAGAGGCUACGAGUGGGCGACUAAAGACGCCGAGAGUGAUUUUGACAACUGGACUCCGGAUUUCGACGGCAGCUGCUCCUCUCCGCGCUGCGUCGCUUUGUCGGUUGAGGACGAGCUCCGUUGGGCGCAGGAGUCGUGCGACGCGCGGGUCGCCGGCUUCCUGUGCCAGUACCACUUAAAGUACGCGUGCCCAAGCAUGAACCAAGUCUUGAGCCCGGAGGAAGCCGUGGUGUACAGCACCCCGUUGGGGUUCGGUGGCGAGGAUCUGCGCUCCCUGCCGCCGGGGAGCAUCGCCACGACGACGCGGAGCGCGCGCAAGUACGUGUGCUUCGAAAGGUGGCUGCCGGCUCCGUGGAGCUGCGAGAUCCUCGAAGGAGGCUGCGAGCACAAAUGCGCCGUGGAUACCGACCACGACCCGUCGUGCUCCUGCCCGCCCGGCUCUUCUGUCAACCCCGUCAACCAAGUCACGUGCGAGGUGACUCCGGGCGACCCGUGCGCGUCUAUGGGAUGCGAGUACGCGUGUUUAGAGGGCGACGACGGCGUACACUCCUGCGCGUGCGACCAAGGCUUCAAAGUGGGCCCCGACGGGAGGUCCUGCGUGGACUUCAAUGACUGCUCGGACAAGCGCCAGUGUCCCGGAGAGAACUUCCGCUGCGUCAACACAGUGGGCGGCUUCAAGUGCGAGUGCCGGCUCGGAUUUAAGAUGAAGGCUGGACUGUGCGUGGACCACAACGAGUGCGCGUCGGCGCCCUGCGAGCACAUGUGCGACAACACGCCCGGCAGUUACAAGUGCUCCUGCUACGACGGCUACAGAGUGGACCCGGACGACCCCAACAAGUGUGAGCUGCAUUGCGGCAAGAAGGAGUGCACGGCGGAAUGCGACCCAAACGACAAGUUCCAGUGCUACUGUCCGGAAGGCUACAUCGCCGAGGAGAGGGACCCCCACACCGCCUGCAUGGACAUUGAUGAAUGCGCCCACAGUUACUGCGACCAUGGCUGCACGAACACUUACGGCAGCUACGUCUGCUCCUGCCAGAAAGGUUUCACGCUGGUCAACGAGGUGUUUUGCGAGAAAAACGAGGAUGAAGAGGAAGAGGUCGAGGGAUCUGGCGGGGAUGUCACGACAACUCCGAACGGCCACACGGUGUCCACGACGCACGGGGUGGCCCCGACCCGCCAGCCGUCGGCGGUGACAGCGGGUGGCCUGGUGGCGAUCAUCGUGUGCUGCGUCCUCUUUGUUGUGCUUGUGGUCUUUUUGUCUCAGCACAUCCUAAGCAGAAGGGGAAAGGUGGAGGGUGAGGUCACGUUCAAGGCCCCGGAGAGGGGAGAGAGGCCCGGCAUGCACGGGAUGCGGAGCGAAGCUUAAUUAAAAAAAAAAAAAAAAAUUGACAUUUGAAUGUAGAGGCAGCAGCUUGGCCAGGGAUGAGAAAGAAAGUCAAUUUUGGACCCCUUUUUUGAUGGGGUAACACCCUGCCAAAUUUAAAUGAAAAAAAAAGGCAUUUGAAUUUACUUAAUUCAAACAUGUAAAUCGGUUGCACACAAUUAAAUGUCUUUAUAUAUAUAGAUAUCGGAAAGAAGGACACCAAAUGAUGUAAAACCAGAGCCCACCAUUCAGCUGGCCCACACCGUGGAUGUGUCCAUUGAAUGGGCCAGAAGCACACACCCAAAAAAAAAAAAAAAAAAAGUAUUUUACUUAAAUUUUGAUUGUGCGAUUAAAAUGUGUCUUGGAGAAACAUUUCUCAGAGCUCACCUCCAGAUGAAGCACUGACGGGAGCAAAAUGCCACAGCCAGCAAUACCCAACAUAGAGGGGGCAGUAUUAACCCACAAGACUUGCAUCAAGAAUAUUUUUAUUCUAUGAACGUUGGCUUCAUCUGCAGUGAAUGCAAUGUAACACAAAAAUGAACAAAGGGACUGCUUUUUUUUUUUACUGAAAAACUAAUAAAUGGUUCACCCACUAUGAAGGUUGCUAGUUUGUUUU